ACAUUUAUUACUUACACUUUCUAUAUUGUUGACUGAUAGACAAGAUUGUAUAAAGUUAAAAAAUAUUCAUAUUAAAGUUAUUGAUAAAUUUAAGAGACAAAUUAGUAAAAGUUUCAAUACUGUGAAAAAGUAUUUUUCUUCUUACAGACUUAUGUUUUUUUGUUUCUAUAACACCUAAAUGUUUCAGAUCAGAGAUCAAACUAUGUAUCGGAAAUUUCCUGAGUAAAUACAACAUGGAGUUUUUAAAUGAUGCUCUGAUUGAGGAACAGACCUAGCCAAACCAGCAUAGUUCUACGGGAAAAAUACAAUUGCCCACAUUUUUUAAAAUCUCUUUUCUUAUUAACUCCACUCUUCCAAGAGGUAAAAUAAACCAGAACGAUACCAAGUUAUGUACAGACCUCACUCGCUUCGAUAAAGUUUAGUGCCAAAUGGCAUGUGUUUCAAAGCAAAGGGAAAGCGGGGCAAAAAGAUUGCAAAGACCUUUCUCAUAUUUGUCAACAAACAUCUUGAUAACUCCUGAAGACUUUUCGCAAAAUGUCAUAUGGACUAAGAAAACAGGUGUUUCAUUUUUGACACUACAGUGCAAACGUAAAAUGCAUUUUAUCUUGCAAAAAAGAAAAAAUAGCAGCAGUUUCUAAUUGAGGUCACUCUUUCCUAUGUUGUCCUAUUUUCAGGAUAGCAAAUUGUGGAUUUGUCUUUAUUAAGACUCCCUACAGAGGAGUGGAAACAAUAAUAAGACCCCUCUACAGUAGUAGGGAUCUAAUAUUGGCACUGAAGGCAGCUGGUGUGCUGUCUCCUGUAAUUUUAGAGCACACUGAUGCGGAGGAAAGAUUUAAUGGGUAUUGGUCAGCGUACUCUCUUGUGAAGGCGUAAGGGAAACCAACAGAACGAGCGAGCAGAGAGGGAGAGGACGGUGAGGAGAGGAGCUGAGAGAGAAAGGCAGAGUUUCAAGGCUGCUCUGGCUCAGACGUAAAGUCGGGCAACUAUCUGUGGCAGCAUGACUCUUCUAGCUGUUGGACUGUGUCUGCCACUGUGGUUUUCUUUUUGCCUGGCUCAGUCCUCAUUUCUGGACAGCUUCCUGUCAUUCCCAGCAGCUCUCAGAUCCCAGGAGCAGCAGAAGAGAUUUAACCCAUGCUGUUUACUGAGUCCUCCACCACCCCCGCUCUUUCCUCCACCCCCUUCACUUUGGCGCCGCUACACACUUGAAGAAGACGGCCCACGUCAUGGCAGUGAGUCUGGCCAUAAGAGUAAAGGUUCUGCCUGUGUCCAGGGCCCUCCUGGCCCUGCUGGACCGCCUGGGCCUCAGGGUCCCCCUGGAUUUCCCGGAAUGAGAGGGCCUAAAGGAGAAAAAGGAGAAAUCGGAAGACCUGGGCAAAAGGGUCGGACUGGGCCUCCUGGGCUUCCUGGGCAACAAGGACCAGCAGGAUGGCCGGGACCACCUGGGGACAAAGGUGAGAAAGGUGACCCGGGUUUGAUGGGUUUGCCCGGAUCUAGAGGACCAAUGGGGCCAAGGGGUUUACCUGGGUACAAAGGGGAAAAGGGUUCCCGAGGUGACCGUGGUGAGCUUGGACUUAGAGGAGACAAGGGCGCCAUGGGUUUCCCAGGAAUGCUUGGACAAAAGGGUGAAAUGGGUCCAAAAGGAGAGCCUGGAAUCUCAGGAAACAGAGGACCGACAGGCCGACCUGGAAAGAGAGGAAAACAGGGCCAGAAAGGAGAUCCUGGAAAAACUGGACCUCUUGGACCUGCAGGUCCUCAGGGAUCUCCUGGUCACCCCGGACCUCCUGGUUUACCUGCCGCAGGUCUCUACAUGGUUGGAGCAAAAGGGUCUCGAGGUCCACCGGGUCCUCCUGGAAACUGUGGCUGCAGCUCCCUCAGUACUUCGCCAUUUGAUGAUUACGCCAACACAGGAAGCUAUCCCAAAGUGCCUGUUAUAUUUGUGGUGAGUAAUGAGGAAGAACUGGAGCGUCUUCACACCGACAACGCCCUCGCAUUCCGAAAAGACCAGAAAACGCUCUAUUUCAAAGACAUUGAUGGCUGGCUGCCAAUCCAGACCUUUCCAUUCCAGAUGACGCCCUUCCAGUCCAUGGAAAACGCGCCCGACGAUGAAGGUUACUGUGGUGACGGGAUAGUGCAGAUCUCCAACGGGGAGGAGUGUGAUGACCGGAACAGAGUUGUCACAGACGGCUGUGUCAAGUGUAAACAUGCUUACUGUGGAGACGGAUACCGCUAUGAAGGGGCUGAAGAGUGUGAUGGAAAAGACUUUGGAUACCAAACGUGUAACUCAUAUCUUCCAGGGUCUUAUGGUUUCCUCAAGUGCACACCGUACUGUGUUAUUGACUCCACAAACUGCAAAUUCUUCACUUGAGGAGGAAUCUGGAUUGUGCAGCCGGAUCCUUCGUGUAAUGCUGCUCGACACGUGACGGGACUGUUUUCAUGCCAACGACGAAAAAAACAUAACACGAAAAAUGCCCUGAAAAAGCAAAAGACUCGGCAGGAAGAGGCAACAAAUGUUCUACUGAAAAAGAACAAAAAAGCUGAUAUAUAUGUACAAAUGUUCACAUAACCCAUCUGUUUUUCUGCGGAGACGCCCUCCCGGUGGUGGAGGCGUCAGAAGCGUGCAGGACAGCUGCACCCUGUCUUAACGAGCAGGACUUCGACAGGCCGCACCGGACUGGCGCCAAACCUCCUGAAUGCGACGGCCACGCAGGCCUAAUUAAGAGACACUGCGUUGUGUUCCAGAGAAGCAGCAGCUGGAGCAGAAGCGCAUUUAUCCUGACCUGGUUACUGCAACAAAAAAAACAGGAGAGAGGCAAGCGGGACAUCCAGAGAUAUUCUACUGCAGGGUGAAUGACAGCAAACAGCUCUUGCAUGAAGCUGGGCUAAACCGCGCUUAACUUAUCACAACAUUAGUAUCCAAAUUUGCCUCUGACACUGCAAGGCAACAGGACCCACUCUGCUGUUUACUUAGGUUGCCAGGACAGGACACUUAAAAUACUUUUUUUUACUAUUGUUUAUUUAUUGUACCCUCUCAGUAUUAAGGUAUUUUUGAUCUUCAAACGAGAUUGUUUCUGCAGAGAUGAUUCACAAGGUGUAAAAACCUUCAGUGGUUGACUUCGCGUCAGCUUACAUCGAAACAUGACAGUUACACUCAGUCUGUAUAAAUCCAAACACCAACUCAGGAACUGAUGUAGCUCCACACAUGUCUCACUGUGUUUCUUAUUUUAUUUUUUUUAAAUGGCUCUGACUGUACUCUGACGCACAGAGGUAACACAAGCGAAACCUUUGACACAUACAAUAAUGCAUAAUCACGUUCCUCCCCUGUGCUUCAAAGCAAAAACAAAAGAUGUGAAGGCUUGAAACUGUUAUUGCUCUUAAUUUUCCUCAUUGCACAUAACCAGCUGGACUUAUCUGUAGCUGCUAAGGGGGAAGGAAUUAAAAAUUCCUGUCUGUUCUAAGGUCAUUACUGUAUCUACUCUUAAUACCUCUUUAUCCAGUUUUGUCUUAUGAAGCAACGGAGAAACUCAUUAGUAUCUUUAACUGCGUACAUGUAGUCUGCUGUGUGCUGAAAAUAACCGUGCCGAUAUAAGCUGACAUUUUCCAUAAGCUACUGUAUGAGUCCCAGUGCCAAGAAAGACUUUUUCCGAGCUCAGACUGUUAAUGCAUCAUGUCUGCAUGCAUGACGGUGGGAAAUACACCGGUUUUGUCAAGCGUUGUUUGGUUAGUCACCAUUUGUUGGCAUUACAGGCGUCUUAAAGGAGUGCCCUGUCUCAAGUGUAGCUUAUUACCGUACGUAUGAUGAACCUUAUAGUGAUGAACUGUGUCACGAACUAAAGAUGAAAUAUUGUUAGAAAACUGCUGUGACUGUCGUGUCUGUGUGUGAUUCUGUGUAUGCCCAACAAUGCUGGAACAUGCAUGUGGUAAUGUACUGUACCAUCAGGCUUCAAGAAGUCAUUAUUAUUAUUAUUAUUAUUAUUAUUAUUAUUAUUAUUAUUAUUACGCACUGUGACCGGAUGUUUCAUUGUUCUGAUAUGAUUUUUACAGUAGCUGUGGGAAAUUUUGAGAAAAGAAUCCAAUAAAAGAUCAUUUAAAUGAC